AACAGCUGAGUGCCCCCCCCGCGCUCUGGCCACGCCCUUUGGAUCCCCCCUUCCCACCACGCAGAACGUACUGGUAUCAUGUCAUGGCCCCGCCCACCACGCUCUCCCCUCCCCACCCUGCUAGAGCGGGCUCACUCGUGUCCCGCGGCGCCUUCUGCCCGGUGGGAGCCCCGCCUUCGCCCUGCGGCUGCCUCGCCCCAGCUGCCCGGGACGCUCGUGUGGCUGGUGUCAGCGCGCGGCGCAGGCCGCUCCGCCCUGCGGACGGGUCUGUUGGUCUACAUGUUGCUGAAUGGACAGUUCCCAAGAGCAUGGAGUCUGCCCCUGAGAGCUAACAAUCCAUGAACCGUGCAAAUACAAUGCUACUGAGCCACAGAUAUACAACAGCGUGCAUAUAGACUUCUGCUUCUGACACCGUCACAGAACCCUGAAUACCUACCUUGUGUCAUGGCUGUAUAGAAGACCUCCAGCUGACAUUAUUAAUGGACUCCAAUGAACAUCCUUUUGGAGUCCACUGACUUUUAUAUCAGGGAUGCAUGCUGUCAUGGACAACAUGAAAGGGUAGUGCUGAAGGUUAUACAUUGACAACAAAAUUUUUGUUACUGCUGCAGGCUGGUGAUCUAACACGGAAAAUAGUUAAUUUAGUUUUUGGCUCAAUUUAACUUCCAGAUAACUGCCUUUUUUAAUUCAGUAGCCCUAAGGAAACUACUUGAUUUUAGGUUUUUAAUGACAGCGUUGUCUUAAGAUGACAAAUUAGAAUGAGUAAAAGCAAAUUGGUUUCCUUCUGGAAAAAUUUUCUCUGUUGACCAUGUUUAACCAUUCUGUUUUAUUCAGCUAUUUUUUUUAAACAUCCCCCAAAGAGUUAAUGCACCUUAUAUAGGACACCUGACCUUUUGCAGCUUCAUAAUUCAUAUCUAGAUGUCACCGGUGUUUCCCAUGUUAACAGUUCUCAGCAUGUUUUACUAUAUCUGCCUUCGGCGCCGAGCCAGGACAGCUACAAGGGGAGAAAUGAUGAACAGCCGGAGAGCUAUUGAAUCAAACAGCCGAGCCUUACCUAUCAAUGUUGAAGUAGUCCAGUAUGCCAAAGAAGUGUUGGAUUUCAGUUCUCAUUACGGUAGUGAAAACAGCAUGUCCUACACAAUGUGGAAUUUGGCAGGUAUUCCAAAUGUGUACCCCAGUUCUGGGGACUUCACUCAGACUGCUGUGUUUCGAACUUAUGGAACUUGGUGGGAUCAGUGUCCUAGUGCCCAGUUGCCAUUCAAGAGGACUCCACCUAACUUCUAUAGCCAGGACUACGUAGAGCUUGCUUUUGAGGAGCCAGUUUAUCCCACAGCAGUGCAUGUUCUGGAAACAUAUCACCCUGGGGCUGUAAUUAGGAUUUUGGCUUGUUCUGCAAAUCCCUAUUCCCAAAAUACACCAGCUGAAGUAAGGUGGGAAAUCCUUUGGUCAGAAGCACCUACCAAGGUGAAUUCUCCUCAGGCUCGCCAGUUCACACCUUGUAUUAAACAGAUUGACUUUCCCACAAAUCUAAUUCGAUUGGAAGUAAAUAGUUCCCUUCAGGACUAUUACGCUGAAUUAGAUGCAGUAGUACUACAUGGUGUGAAAGAGAGACCUGUACUUUCGCUUAAGACUUCGAUGAUAGAUAUGAAUGAUUUGGAUGAAGAUGAUGAUGAAGAAAAGAAUGGCUCUGAAAUGGAUAGUCUUAAUAAACAGUUCAGUGUUGCAGCCCUCAGGGAAUGGACAACUAAUGGGUAUUUUGAUAAACUGCCUUAUGAGCUCAUUCAGUUGAUAUUGAGUCACCUUACAGUACCAGACCUGUGUAGACUAGCACAGACUUGUAAGCUACUAUAUCAGCAUUGCUGUGAUCCUCUACAAUACAUUCACCUCAGUUUACAACCCUACUGGGCAAGGAUAAAUGACACAUCUCUGGAAUACCUACUGUCUCGCUGCACUCUCAUCCAGUGGCUGAAUUUAUCUUGGACAGGAAACAGGGGAGCCAUAUCUGUUUCUGGAUUUAGCAGGUUCCUGAAAGUUUGUGGCUCUGAACUAGUGCGCCUUGAGUUGGCUUGUGGCCAUUUUCUCAAUGAGACUUGCUUGGAGGUCAUUGCUGAGAUGUGUCCAAACCUUCAGGAAUUAAAUCUCUCCUCCUGUGAUAAGCUACCACCUCAGGCUUUCAACCACAUUGCCAAAGUGUGCAGUCUUAAGCGUCUCAUCCUUUAUCGAACAAAAGUAGAGCAAACAGCACUGCUCAGCAUUCUGAACUUCUGUUCAGAGCUUCAGCACCUCAGCCUUGGUAGCUGUGUCAUGAUUGAAGACUAUGACCUGAUAGCGAGUAUGAUGGGAGCAAAGUGCAAAAAACUGCGUACUCUGGAUUUGUGGAGAUGUAAAAACAUUACUGAAAAUGGAAUAGCAGAACUCGCUUCGGGAUGUCAGCUCUUGGAGGAGCUUGAUCUUGGCUGGUGCCCUACGCUACAAAGCAGUACUGGCUGCUUCACAAGCCUUGCGCGUAAGCUCCCAAACUUGCAAAAGCUCUUUCUUACAGCCAACAGGUCUGUGUGUGACACGGACAUUGAAGAACUUGCCGCUAACUGUACUCAUCUUCGGCAGUUGGACAUACUGGGCAUAACAUUUUGCGUGGAAGAAGGCCAUCCCUAUACAGAAGAUCAUCAGCAAAGAAAAUGUAAACUGAUGCAGUAAAUACCUGUCCACUGGAAGAGAAGUGCCUCAAAGCAUCAAUGAACCAGUGACCUCCAUGGACCUAAAUUAGCAUUUCUGAACUCUCCACACCAAUGCCAAUGUUUUAUAAAUCAUUUCGUGAAACAACUAAAGACCAUUUUUCUGUUUUUAUAAACCUCUAUUCUGAUUUAAAUUGUACAGAAUCUUGUAGAAAAUCCCAAAUCCAAAGAAAAGUGCACAGAUGUCUGUCAUUCACACACAGAUAUCAUCAUGUGAUUUUCAGCUAGGUUCCUCCAUUCUAUUUGUCUUUCAGGGUACUGGAGCUACUUAGACAUGUUUCAGUCUACACAUCUUUUCAACUGACAGAUGUCUGCCCUAGAGUCAUUCUGUGCAAGAUCUCAUUUUAUUUUGGGAGUGCUCACUUCUUUCAACAAAGUUUUUACUUUAAACUUAUUUUAAUAUAAUGUAUUUACAAUGUAUUGAAUAAUGUCCAAUGUAUAAUGUAAACUUAUUUUAAUGUAAUGUAUUUACAGUGUAUUCAUUGUAAAUGAGAAUUAAACAUUUAUGUCCCAGUUACAGGAGAACUCAAGUUCAGAUUAUGGGUGUUUACAGAUAUUGAUGUUUUCAAAUAAGUAUCGUUUUUGUUGUGAAAUUUCACUCCUCAGGGUGCAUAUGAAUUUUUAUCUUUAUUUUUCUUUAAAAAAGAAUGUUUUUAUGUUUAUAAUUAUAACUAGAAUUAGAUUUGUUUAGUAUAGAUGUAGUGGUAUAUUUUAUGCCUUCCAAAGUACUGAAGUAGGUGAUUAGUCUAGUCUUACUUCUGCACAUAGGAAUCUUUUAAAGAUAACAUGUAAAGGCUCAGGGGAGGUUAUCAGUCUUUUUUUGCUUCAUUAUGAAGUAUAAGGAAGGUCUGAUUUGAUUUUUGUUUUAUUUCUGUUCUGUCUAAAGGAUCUAUUUCUGCUUGUCCCUUACAUUCAAAUUUCAGUGUGUGUCUGGAACACUCUGCGGUGACUGGAGAUCUCGUUGGAUUAUGUUAUCACACUUUCUGAUAAAGUGGAACCUAAUUCAUUAAAGGGAAGUGAUUUUUUUUCAGACUGUUUAAAACUUUUGGGGUUUGCUAACACAUAUUUAACUUAAAUAAUUGAGAAAUACCUGGGGAAAAGGACAUCUUUGUUUACAAUUUGAUACCCUUACUCUUCAGUUAAUGGCUGAAGCACAUUUUUAUAUCUCCAAGAAGUCUUCCAGCUAAAAGAGGGGACACCAGACUUGGCAUUCCUGAUAUUUCUAAGGUAAAAAGCAAAAAACCACUUUCAGGCCUUCCUUAUACAUCAUAAAAAAGCACAAAUAGGCUACAAUCUCAAUUUUAAUUGAUGUUACCUCUUAGGAUUUUAUUAUUGAUCAUCUUAUUAAAAGCUGUUCAGCAGAUUUUUAUUUUAGAGUAUUUCUGAAACAUUGAAAUUGGAUAUAGAGCCUGGUAAAGCUUUUCAACCAGCUAGCUACUGAGAACAAUCUAGGAAUUGCUAUUAUAGUGUCACACUUGCAUCAUAAUAGUUAACAGUCAGCAUUUCCAUUGUAAAACAUUAUUUCACUACACCUGGGGACUGGAAAACACCUGGAAUUCCUCUUUAUCCACAAAUUGAGAUCAACCUGGUCAACAGUUGUUCAGACUUCCCAUGCUACUUUGCCAGUGUGCUUCAGGGCCUGUCUACAUGACUGCUACUCUGGAAUGAAUUAGGGUGUUAAUUUAAAGAUGAAUAGCUAUUCCAGAACGUAUUUCUGACCUUACUGUGUGUGAAAGAUCCAUGCAACCAAGUGAUGAUGCAAACUUCUGUAAAAUGCUCAAACUAAACAAACUGGAAAACAUAGAAAAUACUAUAUUUGUCUUCUAGUCUGUCAGUUUGACAUGUAUGAUUUCUAUAACAAUAGCAGAGAUGUGAUAUUUAAGUUAAGUGUGUCCCUACAAUCAGAAACAUUAACUGUUGUAAAGUUGCAAAACCACGACUGUGUGAUCCCAUGACCCCCAGGACCAUUGGGUUUUAGUACAUAAAUAACUCAGUAUAGACCUCUUAAAGGGUAACCAUUCUGAUAACUUCUGCAGGAUCUUUAAAUCUACUAAAGUAAGAUAAAAUGUGGCGUUUGCUGCUAAUACAUAAGGUUUGUCGUUUUGGUAUGUGUAUUCAUUGCUACUCUUUUCCAAACAUUAAGAGAACUUUGCUUUCAGAUAUACUCCAGCUCCAUAUUAGCAUGCAAAAAGUGUUCAUAUUUUAAUGCACAUAUAAAUACCAUAUUAAAUACUUUAAACAUUUUCAUAAGGAAGGUGGUUGGUUUUAGGACCUCAGUAACUUUACCAUUGAGUUGAAAAUGUUGAAGCCAUCUGUGUACUUGUGUUAGUUGUCAUGAGAGCAUAUGCAUCAUAUGUUCUUUUAUAAGGUGGAAAUCAUUAAAGAUACACCUCAACUCUGCCAUACAUUUUACAAUUUUUAAGAGAAAUGUUACACCCAUUUGACCUUUUUAAGGUUCUCAAGUUAAUUGAAACACACUCUUAGGGUUUUGAGCUACUUAGUUUUUCUUUAAAUAUACAUCUUAUCUGAAAUGCUGUCAUCUUGUUCUGCUGUGAAAAAUAUAAAAUUUAAGCUUUUAAAUUGUAUUUAAUUUAAAUUCUCAUUGAUUGUGUCACUAAGGGUGAAGAGGGAAACUAUUAAUUUGCACAUCUUUGUUUGUGUCUAAAUUUCUACCUAUUUGCCAGAAUUGAUAUUUCUCUUUAUAGAUGAAGUGUAGAGAGGGAGAACAGCUGCAUAAAAUCUUGCCUCAUUGGGUUUCUUUUAAUCAGAAUCCUAAGAGCUUAACGAUUUCAGUAAUUACUUCUAAAACUAGCCACACUUGUUAAAUUAAAUUGUAAUAAUUGUGUUACCUUGGGGUCCAAUCAUGGAAAAGAACUGGGGAAGACCAAAUGGGAAGAAAUGUUGUGGUUCCACUUUGUGGGGAAUGAGAGGGUCGUUACCCUAUUGCUCUACGGCUAGGGGGGAGAAAAUAUGGCCAGUAGUAGAUUCAUCACUCUGAGAAUCUACUGGUCAAACAUCUUUCAUCCCAUGGAGGAUCAAAACAGAAGCUGUGUUUGCUGCUGCUAUCCUGAAGCUGCUGUUGAGCAGGUCCACUAGUACUUUGCAGUUUGUGAGAGAAGAAUUCCAUCCCUACCACCAUACAGAAUCUCUUCACAAAGCUCUUUUUUGCGAGAAGGAACCUGCCAGUCUGGAAUGAACUGUUCCUCAUUUCCUUGAAUACAGCUAGCUCUGCGCUUCUUGGUAGUUUGCACUCUAUUCCCCUGUACCAGUCUGUCUCUAUCUUAUGGGUGAAAGAGAUCUCUACUACUAUGUAGAUCAUCAUGAUGGUAACACCUUUAAAGAGAGAGAGACAGUGACACAGGACCUGUGGAUUUGGCAUAGUCCCUUUCAUGACUAGCUUCAUUUGCUCUGUCUAUUGCCUGAACUCAUCCCCUAUCCCAAAGAAGUGUCUUUCUUCUGUUGCGACCACCAUCUCUAACCAGGCAAACUGUCCACUGGUUCACAGGACCAAAACAGGAGGAGAAGGUGCACACCGGGAGGCUCAGAAUUCCUUUUUCAUCCCAAUUAAACCCAUCUAUCAGCCUGCUGACCUCUGCCUUCCAGGAGGCCUUCUGGGACAUAAAAAGAUCCUCUUUUCCCUUCACCCAAUCUGCUCCUUCCUCAGGAACCAGGAAUGGGUAAAGAUACGUUCUGUAUAUUUUAGGAGACACACUACACCCUUCCUUUUGUCAAGAAUGUACAAGCAAAGGUCCAGGAAGCAACACUAUUCUCUCUACCCAUUGUGGGUGAAGCAGGAGGUUCUCUCUCACACUGAACAUCAGAAAAGAUGCAUCUUAAAGACAACAAUGAGAACAUUAGAUCUGUUAUCUAGUGCAAUGGAUUCCAUGCUGAACAAGACACAGAUGGCAAUGAUACCUGCCCUGAGAAACUUGCAGUCUAAAAAGACAGCCCCUACAAAUCAGACUCACUUGUUGAACCUAAAGGAAGUUUCUGUUAAAGGUUUGAGGCAUUUUUUUUUUGGUGAGAAGCAACACUUUUUAUUAGCAUAGGUUAACAUGAGUAGAUAUUUUCGGAUAGUAUUAUGCAUAAAACAAUUUGAUAAAUUACAUGUUUCCAGUAUACUGCUCUCUAAUGUGCUAAAAUUUACCAUAAUUAUGUUGUACAGUAGGGUCAUAGUGUCUCUAUAUAAUAUGAAACUUAGGCCCAGGAUUUAAUAUAGAAAUCCUUAUCUUUGUAUACUAGUAUUUUAAACCUGAUUGCGCUUUGUAUGUCUACCUUAAAAACCCACUAAUGCUUCAUUGAGAAUUUUGAAAAGUAUUGGAUUUUGAGACAAGUUUGGAUUUUGAGACAAUAUAGUAUUUUCAGUAUUUGUUUCUCUGUGUUUUUUACUAGAUGCAUUUGUAUAAAACAGGAUAACUAUUGCUCUGGGUCAACUUUUCUUGCUGCUUAACCUCUCAUGAAACCACAGUCAUUUGUUACAUUAGAAACAUUCAGCUCAUUGCAACCAGUGUAACCAAAGUGGUAUCAGACUGAAUUUGACUUAAAAUGGAAAAAAGGACAUGAGGUGUAUGGGCUGCCAUCCUUUGCUCUAGUA